AAUUGUUUACUGGUGUGUUUUUAUUCAUGAGCGUUCAUUCGUUUCUGCUGUUGUUAAAAUCACGAAUUAAAUUGGUUAAAACGUCUGCCUCUGCGGUCUCUUUUUUCAAAGUGACAAGGUUUUCAACCCAGUGGUCGGAAAUAGUACUGAAUGUUUAAGGAAACAGGCCAACCAGAGGAAACAUUCUGAUGCUGCGCUGACUUUUUAUUAUUUGAACCGAGAAAUCGGUUCGUUUGUGAUCGUUGAGGUCUGAAGAGUCAUAGCGAAUCGAGGUGGUCGGAUUUCUGCUACUCAGCCUGUGGUAUCCUCGCGGAAGUAUUGACGUGUACACAGCAGUUUACACGAGAAGUGGCUAAUUUAGCUAGCUAGGUAGAGCCGGGUAGUGUCACAGCGGCCGUAUCAGAAUGUCAGAAGGGGACAGUGCUGGGGAGUCAAUCCAUGGGAAAACUUCUGUUGUGGCUGCCUUUUUCACACGAGUUGGACAGGUCUAUCAGUCAUGGCUAGACAAGUCAACACCAUUCUAUGCAAUGCGGUGGGCAGGAACUCUACUACUUACUCUUGUCUACAUGAUCAGAGUGUAUCUACUACAGGGUUGGUAUAUAGUAACAUAUGCUUUGGGAAUCUACCAUCUCAACCUGUUCAUUGCUUUUCUGUCGCCAAAAGUGGAUCCCUCACUGCUUGAAGAAGAUGAGGGCCCAUCCCUUCCCACCAAGCAGAACGAGGAGUUCCGCCCUUUCAUCAGGAGGUUGCCUGAAUUCAAAUUCUGGCAUUCAGCGACAAAAGGCAUCGUCAUCGCCAUGCUG